UUUGGGCAGAAGCAAAACAAAAAAUGUACACAAAACACCGCAGUUUAAAAUUCGCAAAAUUAGUGAAUUAAAAGUGUACAAUAAGUAGAGAAUCCAGGAUGCUGGACAUGCGACACAAGGCGGCGCUGCACAGCAUGGUGUGUCAGGCGAUCCUGGUGCUGAUCUGCCUGGUUUGCUACGGAUGCGGCGGCCUCAACGGAGCCAAGUUCGUCUUCGAUGACACGGUGGCCAUCGUGAAGAACCGGGAUGUCAACGCGCUGCCCACCAACUGGACGGCGAUCUUCACCCACGACUUCUGGGGCGCCUCGCUGCUCAGCUCGGAUUCCCACAAAUCCUUCCGCCCGCUGACCACGCUGAUGUUCCACUGCGAGUACGCCUUGCUCGGCCUAACGGCCGCCCACAUGAAGUUCCUGAAUCUCCUGCUGCACUGCGUCAACACGCUGCUCAUGUGGCGACUGGUUCGCUCGCUCUACGUGCCCGAGGUGAACACGGAGCGAUGGGCCAUCCUCGCGGCAGCGCUCUUUGCCGCCCAUCCCAUCCACACGGAGGCGGUUUCGGGUGUGGUGGGCAGGGCAGAGCUCAUGUUCGCCAUGAUCCACCUGCUGUGCCUUCUGCUGACCGUGGCAAACACCGGAAAGCAAGGUCCCCAGACUGGCGGCGUAAUCCUCCUGCUAACCGCCGUGGGAAUGCUCUUCAAGGAGUCCGCCGUCACCAUUCCCAUGUCGUGUGUGCUGCUGGAUUACUUCCAGAACGGCUACUACCAUCUGAGGGUCCGGGAUCAGUGGAACCUCUUGUACAGCCGGCUAAGCUACUUGGUCUACUUUGUGGGCACUUUGGCUCUGCUGGUGGCUCGUCUUUGGUGGCAGGACUUUGAGACGCCGACGUUCAAGGAGGUGGACAAUCCAGUGGCUUACAACGAGCACAUCCUGACCCGCGGCCUCUCGCAGCAGUUCCUGCUGGUCAUGAACAUCUGGCUGAUGCUGUGCCCCCACUGGCUGUGCUAUGAUUGGGCUUUGGGUUGCGUCAAGCUGGUGACCAGCAUCUGGGAUCUGCGGCUCCAGGGCGUCAUCGGGUUCUACUCCCUCCUGCUGGUGGCCCUGAUGAACUUCCGCCGCCUGCCUGGUUUGAUGUUAGCCCUGGGAUUGAUGAUUAUACCAUUUCUUCCUGCAUCUGGAAUCAUUUGCGUGGGAUUUGUGAUUGCAGAGCGGACGCUUUAUGUGCCCUCCAUUGGCUUUUGCCUGGUGUCCAUCUAUGGCUUCCUCUACUGGUAUGAUUGCAGCAGAAGUUACUGGCGCACUGCCUUGCAGAUCCUCCUCAUGCUCCUCUUCACCGUGAUGAUGCUGCGGACGCGGCAGCGAGCCACCGACUGGCUGAACGAGGAGCAGCUCUUCCGGUCCGCCCUGCAGGUGUGUCCCGACAACGCCAAGGUGCACUACAACAUCGCCCGGCUGGCCACGGAUACGGGCAACAGCACGAAGGCCUUUCAGCACUACCACAAAGCCAUUGAAUUGUAUCCGAGCUAUGAGUCUGCUUUAAUGAACCUGGGCAACCUUUACCGGGAGCAUGGCCAACUGGCCACCGCCGAGGAUUACAUACGAUUGGCUCUACAGGCGUUUCCCACCUUUCCGGCCGCCUGGAUGAACCUGGGCAUCGUGCAAUCCGCCCAGGGAAAGUUCGACAAGGCGCUGGCCAGCUAUGAGAAGGCCCUGAUGUACCGGGCCAACUUUGCCGUCUGUUACUACAACAUGGGGAAUCUGUAUCUGGAGAGGAAGCAGUAUGCCGAGGCCCUGCAUCAUUGGCAGCACGCUGUGGCGCUGAAUCCCCGCCAGCCGAAGGCCUGGGCAAACAUUCUCACCAUGCUGGACAAUCGAGGAUUGCAGGACGACGCACUGCGCAUCUCAAAUCAGGCUUUGCAGCAUCUUUCCAACGAUGCCAGCAUCCUGUUCAUACGAGCCAAUGUUUUAGGCAAACUGAAGCACUACGCGGAGGCGGAGACGCUCUACAAGCGCGUCAUUCAGCUGGAGCCCCUGAACAUGCUCUACUAUACGAAUCUCGGGGUUCUCUACCAUCGGUGGGACAAGUCGCAGGAGGCUAUAGAGGCUUAUCGGACGGCGAUAAGUAUCAAUGCGGCGAGGGCGACGACGGCGCGGGAGAAUCUCAGCAAGCUUCUGAAGCGCCUGGAGCGGGAGGCGCAGGUCAGCCAAAGAUAAGCAGUUCCACCGCAAAAUAAUAUAAGCUAA